AUGCCAGGAAGGCACCGAGCCUAUACUACCGAGCACUCGGCCAAGGGCUUCAAGUGGUUUCCAUGGAAGCGGGAAAAGAAAGUGGUCAAGAUCGAGCCUGGGCAGGUGUGGUCAGACUGGGUUUCAAGUGAAGAUGGAACCUACUUCUAUCGAGCCAGGAGACUAGCCGACGGCACCUGGGGAGAUUAUGAAUACACAGAGGGUUAUUACAUGGGAGGCUACGCGGAAGGAUAUGGGGCGGAUUAUGAGGGAGGCAUAGAGAUUCCUCAGGAGAAGGAAUACCACCCAGCAGUUGCGGUCAGCCCAUGGAAACUCCCUGGAGAAACCGCUGUGAUCAUGCCAGAGAGCCCCGAGGUGAUGGAAGACCCGGAACCCAGAUACGCGGAGAUCGCGGAGUCGGAGCCCAUUGGGGAGUUUUCGGCCGCCGAUGAGGAGGAACAACAUCCAGGUACGACCACAAACGCCACCUCAGUCUCGGGCGAUGAUGUUUCGGUCCAGACGUCAGAUGACGAUGGCUAUCGUGAAAGCGAGCCCUUGCCAACCGUGCAAGAAGCGGAGCCCAUGGUCUUCACUCGCGAGCCAGAACCCUUUCGACCCUUAUCUCCCGCUGAAGUCCCAUCGUUGCGACGAGAGUACAAACCAAAGCGAAGACAUACAACCGGGGCUGACACCAGCGUCCCGACAUCCUCGCACUACCGUCCCCGAGUCCCCCAUCGGCAUACUUUCAGCGAAGGCCAGCAAAAAGAAGGCCACAAAGACAGCCACAGCCACGACCAUCACCACCACCACAAACGCACCAAGAGCCACGACCCAAGCCACAAGCAACCUCUCCUCUUCUCCAUCUUCUACGCCGUAACCAAAACCCACGGCGGCGGCCCGCAAACCCGCCGCAUGCCCUCCACCUCACCGCACCGAUCCUCCACACACGGAAAGAAGAAGCCACAUUUGACGGUACCAACAGCAAGCGAAACCACCGUCGUCGUGCCCCUCGACACGGGCGCGCCGAGUGUCAUCGCGCCACCGGGAAAAGCGACGAUUACCAAGACCAAGAAAUUCAACUCCAAGAUUAAAUCGGAAAAGGAGAUGAAGGUGGAUAGCAAGAAGAUGAUUAAGGGGUGGUUGGCUGGGAUGCAGGAGCCUGCGGCGACGACGAAGACGGCAGCAGCAGGAGGAGAUAAACAGGAGAAAGGGAAGGGGGGGAAGGAAGGGAGGGGGAGGAGGAUGACGAAGUGA